AGAUGCCGGCAGCUGCCCCCAUGUCUCCAGAACCCCCGCCUGUCCCGCCUACGACAUGGAACGUCAAAAACUCGUGUACUUCGCCCACUCCAGGACUUCCCGGGUUCUGACGCCCACAGUGGUCCGCCGGCGAGGCUGGGUCUCCUCCACCUCUCUGGGUGACGCCCUCGGCGACGCCCCUGGACACGCCCCCUUGGCCUCCAUAGAGCCAGACAUCAUCGGCGGUGCCAAAAGAGGGUCUCUCGUGCCCGCACACCGCUCUAGGAAAGUCGGGGAUUCAUCUUGGAACAAAAUCCGGAAACCCGCCUCCGAGGGUAAUGUGUGCGAUGUAGAUGACGAGUGUCCAGAUUCUGAUAUAAUGCCUGUGGAUAUCUCUUACGGGAGCCGGCACAGGGGUUCAUCCUCGAGUCGGGUGAACCACAGGGUUGUGCAGAGGGGACAGAAGUCUUCUGACGACCUCAGUUCCAGCUUUCCGGAUGAUUGUGAUUUCAUUGAAGAUUUUGAGCCCGGAUUAAGUCGCAACAGGACUAUGCGCCAUAAUAGUGUAUCCGGAUUUUCGGAUUUUCAUAAACAGCGUUUGUCCAACAGCUCAAAGUGGGGAAACUCUUCUCAACGCCUCGCCCGCGGUCCGAGUCUGACAAUGCCUGCCGAUUUUCUGAGCACUGGUCAGUUCCGUGAAGGAAACUCUGUGUCUUCUUCAACUUUGGUUUUACCGCGAAGGACCAUAACCCAUUCGCCCAAAACGGCGAAGAGUGUUCAGAAUGUGGAUGAACUAAACCAACCUCCUCAGACAAAUGAAAAGUGGAAGCCGGGGAGGCGGUAUGCGAGGUCAAAAGAAUUUGAACUGAACAAAAGGUUGAACAAGUCUGCCGACGAUUGUCUGGACAUGAUCCCAACGGUAAAAAGUAAAAGUGGCGGGUAUAUCAAACAGGUGGUAAUUUCUGACUCGGAGCCAUCACCCUCGGUGUCGUCUCUGGACAGGCGAUCACGCCCCCUCAAAAUCCCUGCUGUUGGCGAUACUCACGGCACGGUGGCACCGGCGGAUACAAUUGGCAAUGACACUCGUCUUUCAGAUACAAGACCGUGCCCUCCUAGAAAAGAACAUUGUUCAGGAGGUACAAGUUCUCAGAAUUCGGACUCGUGUUCAUUGAACCAGAGAUCAUCAGUGCGGCAACCAGAUAACUCAACGGUGGUUGAAAAGCAACACCGAACAUUACCAGAAAUGCAAACACCGUUGUUAAACUCAUCGGAUGACGUUUUGCAAACGCUGCACACUCCCAGGAGCAGACGACCUUUGGUAAAUAAAUUAGAUAUUGAUAUUUUGGGAUCGAUGGAGUCGCUGCCGAUUUCAGGUGGAAAUUCAUGUCCAUCACCGUCUAUUGACGCCUACAGUAAUAAAAAAUCUUCUCUUAGUGACGUUUCAUUAUUGCCCUCUCAACAGCAUAAAAGCUCACCUGGCUCCUUAUUAGAGCAUUCAACUUCUGCUGUCAAAGAGAGCACACAACACUUACGAGUUCCACUUUCGAAUGGAGAACAGAUGAGUGAUUUCGGAAAAGGAAAGGAAGAUGGAUCCGAAGAGUUCAGAACUCCCUUCAGAAAUAUAGUCUACGAUCGAAGUGACCCAGGUUGUGGUCAAAGUGACGUCAGUGACCCCAGAUGUGUUGGUGACACGGUAGAAGACGAGGAAACAGUUAGCGGAAAAGAAAACGUCUGUGAAGGUGAAGAAAGCUCCAACUUCAAACCUCGCUGGAAACGGAACUCGAUGAGACUUGCCACGCAGGGCUACACGAGUAUGUCAGACUUGACAAACUCUGUGGAACUUCUGAAUCUAGUGUCUGAAAACGACAGACCCCAACAUGGAAGUGUCGAGGACUCAUGUUUUGAGGAGAGUACAGGGGAUAAUAGGAAGUAUGAUUUCGAACAGAGGAAUAUUUCGUCAUCUGAGGAGUGCGUCACUCCUGUAGCUCCUUCCGUGACAUUUACUUCACCUGUUGAAGAAAGGCGAGAUGGGGCUUCUGUGCGAAAUAGUUUAGUAGAGGUGGCAGAAAAACUUAGUGUCCCCCGGAGGGACAAAAGCAACUUGAAUGGAAACCCUGUGAAAAGACAGUCGUUGAAGCUGGCAACGUCCAGUCUAAGCGAUUUAACGUGCGAGGUAGUGGAGGAACAUGAGGAGGAGGAGAAUGAAGAGGAAGAGGAGAGGGGGGACCUGUCCAGGGAUAGUGGAAACGACGCAAUGACUGUAAUCUCUAGUCGAAUAUCUGGUGAAUACUCGUGUGAAAAAGAAAACGGCACGACGAGGGCUGAAUCGGACAGUGUUUCGAGUGAUAGCGGAGUGCUGGUUCACAACCUGUCCCAUAGAAAGGGAAACACAGAGGAGAGUUCAAUAGAGAGCCCGUCUGUGUUGAGAACACGCUUGACCCCUGGGCCUUCUCCGGGCCGUAGAAGUGACGCGUCGUCUUCACUGGCCUACAGCUCAGACAACAGCCCAGCAUCCCUGAGAUCUGGACAGUCGGUGAACACAAAGGACGAGGAAGAACGCACCAACAAGAUCAAGAGGAAUUCUCUCCGACUUGCAACCUCUAGUAUCUCAGACCUAACGUGCAGUUUCGACGAAGUUGACUUUACCGAUUUCUCGCCGAUUUUUCAUCAGGUUUUGAGCGGUGACAUUGACAAAACAUCUAGGUGGAGUGAGAACCAUCGGGAACCUGUUCAAGUAUACAAUUCCCCGGAGCCACAGAGAAGAGACUCUCGAGGAUCCAGCUUUUCCAGUGGUAAAAAUUCUUCAUUUGGAAGUUUUUACUCGUGUCAGAGCCUGGAGAGCUCUCGGUCUCCACUGUCAUCCCCCACUAAUGCUACAGGCAGACACAGUAACCCUCCUUUGAGCGCCUCACCCCCGCGGAAGUUCGGCAGUCCUAAAAAAGAGCGCGGGAAAAGCGGUGUUUGUGAGUGGAGUCGCUCUGUGGAUGCUCUGUCUCUGAUUUCUGACACUGACGAAAGCUUCAUCACUGCCCGGGACACAGAGAGUGUAGCAUCACGCUUUGGAAGUGACGUUCACAGGGAUUUUUCACCACGAUGCCAGCCCCUCCCCAUCUCUCGACAGUCGCCCUACACCCGUCCAGCCCCCACGUUGCCAAAGACGGGAAGCAAAAUGUCUGUCUCUGAUAAACAGUUUGACAAAUCCAGAACUAUUUUCGGAAAACCGAGCUCUCCAAAACAUUCCAAGAAAACGUCUCCUCCUAUGCAGCACUACGGGAGUAAGUUUGAGGGCGGGUAUUCUCUCGGGGGUCAACGCCGAGAUUCGCCUGGAAAAGUUGUCAACUCAAAACGAGCGUGGAACGACGUACCACUUCAUAGCAAGACUCCACUAAUAUCCAAGCAGCAAAGUCCUGACAAAAAUAGUGUUCGUACUAAACACGACCUACUUACUUCUUAUCGUGAGCGAGAUAGACAGCAGCCUGUCGCUGGCAGAGAGGCGACCCCACCCACGCUCGAUACACGGAGGUUGAAUUAUGGCCGGCAGUCACCGGAGAAAAGGUAUCCUCGAAACACUUUCGACUACGCUCGAGAGCCUUCGGAAUUCUCAGCAGACGAGGACUCGUUGAGCAUGCAGUCGUCAAUAUACUCUCUAACCGACAGCGAGAACCAGUGGCCGGAAAUGCCUCGCAGCCCUCCAUCUUUGGGGAAACCAAAGCGUAAACAGUACGCGGGUUUCGACAGCCAACCGCUGCCCAUAGACAGUUUCUUCAGCGACUCCUCCAGCGUGUAUACCGGCGCUUCUUGCAGCUCGCGCGCUCCCAGUAGGUCAGCUGACCUCGAGAACUCCUACAGGGGCUCUGAUUGGUCCAUUGACGUUACUGGAAACAUGAGAUCUGCCACCAGCAUGGUCUCGCCGUCCUGUCACGGAACGCUUUCGCAACAACAGCACCACGACACCGACAGCAUCGCCUCCUCACGACACCGGGGCAACGGAAACAGAUCAGACGUGGCUAGUAUAGACUCGAGACAAGGCAGCAAAGCUUAUCAAGACACAAUGUCAUCAACAGAAACGGUCGCAGACGACGAGGAGGUGAAAACUCCUGUUGAAUUCGGCCAAGAUAUGCCUCGUUUUGACGCUUUCAUUAACUCGAAUCGAUCCUCUCUUCUUGACGAAAACAACGGCAAGAACAACGACUUACCACAGUUGGCAGAGUCCACCCCUAAAUCCACCCGAUCUCGUUCCCAGUACGUCUGUGAGGAGAAAGUUUUCGAUAAUUCAGAAGCUGAGAAACUCUUCUCUUUAUCUGGUGUUUCCAACUCUGUGGACAGCAAAAGCUACUCGGAGGACGGACAAUUUCUUUUCCCACAUGGAUCCAAAUGCUCAACACUUACUGCAUCGUCCUCAGUGACAGUCCCGCGCACCCAGCUCCUGCCCAAACACAAGUACUUCUCCUCCAAGGACAUCAUCGACCUUCUGCUCACACCAGACCGGACCGGAAGCGGAACCACGGCCUCUCUGACGUCACUAGAGAAACAAGCGCACAAAGUUUGCCGCGCUAUUUUAUGCUGCAACGAUAUGGAACAAGUGCUCCCUGGGAAGGCUUAUCAUUUAUGAGGGGAAGAUAGUGUGGGCGUGCGUGUGGGAAUCCACGUUUGAUGAGUGAUGUUGUUUGUUUUUUUUGCUUUAGGUGUAAAAUUGUCGUGUGUGGGUUUUUUGUGUGGAUUUUUUUUUGGGGGGGAGGUGGGGGGGGGGGGGGGUUGUUGAACUCCUGCCACCAGGCAGACAAAGAAAUCCGUCUAAGAGCGCAAAGAAACUUUUAUACGCUUUCUGUGUUACUUUAAUGUUAAUAGUUUUCUUUUAUGAUUAUUACUGUCCUUUGUUCUGUGAGUGCUCAGCAAAUAAAAGUUGGCCAACAACACUGUUGAUUUUUUUUUU